AUGAGUCGCAGCCCAGAAAGGAUGUCGUCGUACCGCCGCCAUUUCGAGGACAGCAGCAUGACGUCCUACCAAGUGCGGGUGUCCAGCCCCUCGCCGCCCCGUGUCCGACACCGCUCUGCCAGCUACUCCCGCAGGGCCGAGGGUCUGGGCAGGAGGGCCUUCUCCAGCUCGCGCCGGUCCCAAAUGAUCAGCUCAAGCAUGGGCGCACUCUGUCUGGGUGUUGGGGCGGGAGCCACGCUGGAUCUGGACGCAGCGGCCGCAGAGAACCAGGCCUUCCUCACGACACGCACCGGCGAGCGGCAGGAGAUGAUCGUUCUGAACGACAGGCUGGCGGCCUACAUCGAGAAGGUACGGACACUGGAGCAGCAGAACAAGCUGCUUGAGACGGAGAUCGAGGCCCUGCAGAACCGUUUUCUAAGGCCCUCUGGCCUGCGGAUGCUGUACGAGGAGCAGCUGAGAGAGCUGAAGAGGGUUGCUGAUCAGAUGAGAGCACAGCGGGACAUUGCUGUUGCUGCCAAAGAGGCCAUGGCUGGUCAGCUGGAGAUGCUCAAAGCGAAAUAUGCUGAGGCCGUGGAGGCAAGGAAGAAGGCUGAGCAGGAGAUAGAAGCUUUCCGUCCGGAUGUCGAUGCUGCCACCUCUGCCCGCAUUGCUCUUGAGAAGCAGCUUGAGAACCUUGAAGCAGAGCUCCUGUUCCUCCAGAGGGUUCACAAAGAGGAAAUUGAGGAGCUGAUGAAACAGAUUUACAAUGCAGCCGCCAGAACAGAGGUGUCCUUCUCCCUUCCAGACCUUGCUGCCUCUCUUAAACAAAUCCAGUCUCAGUAUGACAACAUCGCUGCCAAGAAUUUACAGGAGAUGGAUGCGUGGUAUAAAACUAAAUUUGAAGACUUAAAUAAUGCCUCGACUAAACAUGCAGAAAGAGUCCGAAGUGUCAGAGAAGAAAUUGCUGGCUAUAAGAAAGAUAUUCAGAACAAACAGCGGGAGCUGGAGGCAUUAAAGACCAGGAACGAGGCGCUGGAAGCACAGAUCCGUGAGGCACUAGAGAAGUACAAGAAGAUCGAGGAGGAACUUAAAGAAAAAAUUGACGCUCUCACCCUUGAGCUGAAAUCCACCAAGGAGAAAAUCGCACUUCACCUGCGUGAAUAUCAGGACCUGCUGAACAUCAAGAUGGCUUUGGAGAUAGAAAUCACCACCUACAGGAAGCUGAUUGAGGGGGAGGACCUGCGUCUGAGCAGCAUGGUGCGGAGCCUGUCUCUGAUGAGCAGCAGCGUGAGCACCAGCAUGGCCAUCGGCGCCGCGGCGAGCGUAGGAGCAGCCGCCAGCCUGAGCGCAGCCACUAGCCUGGGCGCCGCCGCUAGCCUGAGCGCCGCUGCCGGCCUGGGCGGAGGCUUCGGGGGUGGGGCGCUCGGAGCGGGCCAGCAGGAGGCCAUCGAGACCAUCUCCACGGAGCAAGCAGUGGAGAUGACAGAGAGGAAGACUGUGCUUAUCAGAACAGUUAAAACAGAGGAUGACAAGAUUGAGAGCGACACACAGGAACGAACAAUCAUCAUUUCCGGUGCAGCUGACGAAACAGAGGAAGAAUAG